AUGACCUUCCCUCCCCCUCACCCUUCCGCCCAAUCGUCGAUUGCUUCUGGCACCGAUAAAUCUUCCCCGACCAGGCCUGAGAUUGGUGCCUGGGGUCGGUCCACGUCACAGUCCGGCAUUCGUCGUGGGUUGACUCCUCUCGCGACCAACCUUUCCUCCUCCAACGCUACGUCUGCUUCCUCCCGGGGCUUCGACGCAGGCCCUGGGGUUUCAACGCCGUCGUCUUUCUCUGCCGUUCUGAGCUCCACCAGGGGUCUCUCAGGCGGCAGCCCGAAGCCCGCACCUUCACCCUUCUCCUCACUGCAGUCUGGCUCCCAACAGUCGGCUCAGUCGCUCUCGUCUCCGAAGUUCCGCGCACAUACCCCAUCUGCAGGGUCUCAUUUCGCCUCUGCAACAGGUUCCAUCCCGGGUGUUGGAGGCACUGGGGGAGGUGGUGGGCCGGGUUCUUCCAGAGGUGUCGCCUUUUCACCACUGUCGUCUGGCACAACCGUGAAUUCACCUACGGGGUUUGCAUCCGAUAAGUCGGGCUCAGCAGCACACUCUAGUCAAUCGUCUCUUGCAAAGAUCUCGAUCGCACAGGUAUACCUUCUAUUAGACUCCAUUACGGAGAAGGAAGGAAAAGAAAAGUGGGACACAAAGGCUGCUCAAAUACACAAACUUGUGACAUCCAACGGAAUGGAGGUCUUUUCUAAGUACUUUCGUCGCCUUCUUACAGGCAAUGCGCCUCAGAUUUUCCCGGGAGUCAACAAGUCCGUCGAAAAUGCGGGCAACUACCCUCUCUUAGUCCAGGAAAUGCAGAAAGUUUCCUCGGACAUCGAACAAGCCCAGAAAAUCGCCGAGACGGUAGAUACGUCCGAGGGAGACAUCUUCCGUGAUUUCGAUCUGUCGACGUUCUUGGAUCAUUUCCGUCUGGACCCUAUUGUCAAGGUGGCACUCGCAUUGGCCUUCAAGAUGACCAACAAAUCUGAUCUUCGAGCCAAGGCCGAUGCGAUCCUUUCAAACUCCGUCACCCCUUUCCUGCAGAGCCUGGCGACUCCUUUGGAAGCGACCAAAGAUUUCCACACUCCUUUCCUUGGAAUGACGAUCGAGCGAUUCAUCCUCUAUCCCCCGCGCAACUUCAGCGACGAGGUUAAGGGCAAAUUGGUAUAUGCAUCCAACUUGCGUUAUCAGAAGCUGGGAUUGGACAUGCCCUUCGAAGUGUCUUCGGCUCUGCAGAUGUUCAACUUUGUGAACCCCAGAUACGUUCUUGUCAGACAACUUCAUGCCAAGGGACCGCGCGCGACUGCAAGCACGGAAGCUAUGACAGAGACCAUCAAUGCGGCUGGACCAGAGAGCUGGAGCGAGGAGCACCUGGCUAGUGCUCUCCUCUUUAUGAUACUGUCACAGUACUGGCAGCAGUUCUCUCUGGAGACUCUUCUGAGCGCUUAUACCGAGAAGCAAGUAAACUGGCCGAUGGUGGUGCGGAGCUUUGAUCGCGAAGGGCUGAGAGUGGACCCCAAGCAGUUUGCUAAGCUGUAUAAUGUCCUCCGCGCUACUGCGGCAGAUGAUUCUACCCUGGAUGUUCAGAAGCUCUGGGGCGGUGACUGGGAACACCGCGACACACAGUUGUCAUUCUUGACUGCCUUUGUAGCCUCGCGUACAGAUGCAUCUCAGAUUCCUAAUCUGCGGGCAACAUUCCCGGCCGACUUCUUUGAGGACGCACCCGAAAUUGUCAAGCUGCAGGGUGAACGUGCAGCCAAGUCGCCUCUCCGGUCCAUGGAUGCCAUGAGGGCUAUCUUUGACCUCACCCUGUUCUCUGAGGCCAAUUGGGCCGCUUCAGAAAGCCAGCUUCUGAUCAAAGCGAUGGUCCAAUACGAUCUCCCGGUUUUCCUUGUUUCCGCGCUUGCCCUUCUUGCCCUCCCGCAGCCGUGGACUCAGCUUCAAAAGAGCUUUGUUGUACGAACUUUUGUGGUCUUUGUUUCCAAACAAGAGGAUGGCUACCAACUUGCACUCCAUGGAGCCUGGCACCAAGACCGACAAUGGGUUGCAGAGCAACUGUUCACGCUCUUCUCUUCGGAUCCUACCGUCACUGAGUUGACUUAUGAGCAUGCUGUCGCAUUUGGCUGGCUUGACUUCCUGCUUCAAUUUACCAACGGUCUCGCACUUGACCUUGCUUGUUACUGUCAUCGCAAGGGUUCAUUUGACCUUGAGCAGUGGGUUCGGGGUGCUGCUGAGAAGACGGCUGCUUUGCACCCUUCGAACUCCCCGAACAUGACCAUGGGCAGUCUUUUGUCAAAGUUUUUGAGGAUCAAGGCAGAAGAUGAGCUUCAUGUGCAGCGGAAGGAACAACCUGGUCCACAAAUGGUUACCCUCGCUGUGAAAACUGUAUACACACUUCUCUCCGUCUUGGAGGAGUAUGUGGGCGAUCGUGAAAACCUCACGCCCGUUCAACGUAUUUGUAUCCAGACAUACCCCCGGCUUAUCAACUACGGCGAAGGGUUUGAUGAUAUCAUUGAUGCAAACGGCGAGAAUGGCAACACUCUGCCUGAGAACAUUGACAAGCAAAUGCAAGAACUGUUUGGCAAGAUGUACCACGAGGAACUGUCGCUCAGAGAAAUGUUGGAGCUGAUGCGGCGGUACAAAUCAUCACGGGAGCCCGAGGAGCAAGAUCUCUUUUCGUGCAUGGUCCAUGGUUUAAUCGACGAGUAUCACUGCUACCACGAGUACCCGCUUGAGGCAUUGACAAAGACUGCGGUCAUGUUCGGUGGCAUCAUUAACUUCCGUUUGGUUGACGGAAUUACCCUCAAAGUGGGUCUCGGAAUGAUUCUGGAAGCUGUGCGCGAACACGAACCCCACGAUCCCAUGUACAAGUUUGGUGUGGAAGCCAUUGAACAAUUGAUCAAUCGUCUCUCAGAGUGGGCCGGCUUUUGUCACCUUCUCCUUCAAAUCCCCACCUUGCAAGGAACGCCAAUCUUCCAGAAAGCGGAAGAGGUCCUUCGCGAGGCGGGCGACGCAGGUGCCACCCCCGGAUUCUCUGACCUUGCAGUUCCUCCUCUGCCCAACGGCAUGGACGACUCCCCAGUCACCGACGGCGCCUCGCGCAAGUUCCGCUCCGUCUCAGUUGACCCCGCUCGUUCCGAUCUCUUCCAAGACCCCGACGAAGACGUCCAAGACAAGAUCCUGUUCGUGUUGAACAAUGUCUCCGAGCAGAAUAUUGAGGAGAAGAUGCGGGAUCUCAACGAAGUUCUGCGUGAGCAUCACCACCAGUGGUUCGCGGCGUACCUGGUGGAGGAGCGCGCAAAGCUUCAACCCAACUUCCAGCAGCUUUAUCUCGACCUUCUCGGGCGCAUCGAUGACAAAACACUCUGGACAGAGGUCCUCCGCGAGACCUACGUCAGCCUCGCGAAGUUGUUGAAUUCCGAGGCGACCCUCACCUCUUCCCAAGACCGGGGCCACCUCAAGAACCUCGGAGCCUGGCUUGGUUCGUUGACUAUCGCCAAAGACAAGCCUAUCCUUCACAAGAACAUCUACUUCAAGGGCCUGCUCUUGGAAGGUUACGAUACUCAACGUCUCAUGGUCACGAUUCCCUUCACCUGCAAGACUCUUGUGCAGGCCACCAAGUCCACGAUCUUUAAGCCUCCGAACCCAUGGUUGAUGGACAUUCUCCAUCUUUUGCUGGAACUCUACCAUUUCGCCGAGCUGAAACUCAACCUGAAGUUUGAAAUUGAGGUGCUGUGCAAAGACCUUGAUCUUGAUCACAAGACAAUCGAGCCGGCGGUCUUCAUCCGCGACCGCAGCGGCCAUGCCGAAGAAGCCUUGCCGGCUGCGAGCAUUCCGCAAGGUCUCGAGCCCUUUGAGGACAUGGCUAUCGGCAGCCUCAACCAGGGCAUUCGCAAUGAGAGGCUGUCACCGGCAUCGAUCAUGUCGACUCUGCCAAGCCUUGACAAGAUUCUCGUUCUGCCCCCAUCGGCAAGCAGCAUGGUUGACCCCACAAUGCUGCGGCAAAUCGUUCAAACUGCGGUGGAGCGUGCUAUUGGGGAGAUCAUCACCCCCGUUGUAGAGCGCUCUGUGACCAUUGCUUCCAUCUCCACUGUCCAGCUGGUUUCCAAGGACUUUGCUAUGGAGCCCGAUGAGGAGAAGGUGCGACAUGCCGCCGGCAUCAUGGUCCGACAACUGGCCGGUAGCCUGGCUCUCGUUACUUGCAAGGAGCCGCUCAAGGUCAGCAUGACCAACUACAUCCGGGUCAUCCAGCAAGAAUUCUCGGAACAGCCAAUGCCCGAAGGCUUGAUCUUGAUGUGUGUCAAUGACAACUUGGAUGCCGCGUGUGGUAUUGUCGAGAAAGCAGCCGAGGAGAAGUCUCUUCCCGAGAUCGAGAAGGUGAUUGAACCUCAGCUGGAGGCGCGUCGGCGUCACCUUGCCACUCGCCCCAAUGAGCCAUUCAUUGACCCGUCAAUGAACCGCUGGGGGCUCUUCAUCCCUGAGCCCUACCGUCAGAACCCUGGAGGCCUAAACAAGGAGCAGCUGGCUAUCUACGAAGAAUUUGCGCGUCAAUCCCGAGGCACCAGUACUGCUCACCCGCAGAACGCCUCUACUGAUUCCGGUCGCCAACUGCCAGAUGUCCUUCAAGAAUCCUACCCCGCCAUUCCCAACCUCUCUACCCCGGCUGAACAACCUGCCGUCCCUCACCGGACCCCUCAGGCACAGCACGCAAUCUCGCAGAUACCUGUGCACACCAACGGCUUCCUUGACGCCCAGAGCCCCCGGGACCGAGUUGAGACUCUCAUCUCUGAACUCCAACAAUCUGCUCGCAGUGCCCCCGAAGAGCACGUCAAGGACCUUGGCAGAGAGAGCACUGUCCUUCAGGAGUACAAUCAGGCAUUGCGUGCAAUCCUCGCUUCGCCCAACGGAGAGGAAUUGGCGCGCCUGACAUCAUUGAGAGUUUGCACCACUCUCUACUCUCAGUCUUCAAACUCCUUGGAGAUUGAGGUUCUUGUGCACCUUCUUGCCAAGCUUUGCGACAUGUCUACCUUGAUCGCACGCUACACCUGGGCCCUUCUGUCCGAGAUUGACGAUGAGCACAUGUUCAAUGUUCCCGUCACUGUCGCUCUCAUCGACGCAGGUCUCCUGGACAUUCGCCGAGUGGAUAUGGUUCUCACCCGCCUCAUCUUGCAGAAGAAUGCCAGCUCUCUGGAGCUGCUUGAUAAUCUGAUGGACAGGGUUCUCUUCAAUGACGAGCCGUCUGCUCUCAGAUCGGACUUCUCUGGCAGCUUGGAGGCUAUGAGCCAGUGGCUCGCCGAGGAUGCCAAUUUGGCCCCCGCUCUGGAGAUCAUCCGCAAGUUGCGCGAUGUUGGCAUCCCCGAGGUUGUCAACCCGCUUCUCACUGACCAGGCACGGUCUAAGCGCGACCAGAUGGAGUACAUUUUCAGCGAGUGGAUUGGCAUCUACAAGGCCUCUGGUGCCAAUGACCGCACCUACCUCUCCUUCCUCCAGGACAUGCACAACCGCCAGGUAAUGAACACCCAGGAAGACUCUGCUUUGUUCUUCCGUCUCAGCAUCGACAUUUCGGUUGCCAUGUUCGAGCACGAGUACCAGAACCCCACCGGGGGCAGCCUCGAUGAGGCAUUCCUCUACAUCGACGCCCUCGCGAAGCUCAUUGUCUUCCUGGUCAAGUUCCAGGGCGAGAAUGCUGGCGCUGUUAAGGCCAGCAAGCCUGCUUACUUCAAUUCCAUCCUUGCUACUCUGGUCCUGGUCCUCAACAACCACCAGGUCAUGAGAGGAGAAGGCUUCAACCAGCGUGUCUUCUUCCGUCUGUUCUCAAGCAUCCUGUGCGAGUACUCCAUGGCUGGCCUCCAACACAACGAAGAGCACCAGGGCAUGAUCUUUGCGCUGGCCAACAAGUUCCUCUCCAUCCAGCCCCGCUACGUGCCUGGCUUUGUCUACGGAUGGUUGUCUCUUGUCUCCCACCGUGUGUUCAUGUCCGACAUGCUUAACAUGCCGGAGCGCGCUGGCUGGGCGCCUUACUGCGCAAUCAUGCAGGCCCUGCUUUCCUACAUUGGCGAACAGCUCAAGGCUGCUAACAUCACCUAUGUCGCCAAGGACUUGUACAAGGGCGUGCUUCGCAUCUUGUUGAUCCUGCACCACGACUUCCCGGAGUUUGUUGCUGAGAACCACUUCCAGUUCUGCAAUGUGAUCCCCGCUCAUUGCGCUCAACUUCGCAACCUGGUCCUCAGUGCCUACCCUUCUUCUUUCCAGAAGCUGCCUGAUCCUUUCAGGGAGGGUCUCAAGGUCGAACGUAUCGAAGAAAUGCGCGAGAUCCCAAAGAUUGCGGGCGACAUUGCUGCUCCCUUGCUGCAAGCCGAUAUCAAGGACACCGUGGAUGCUGCCCUCCAAAAUGAGAGCGUCUCUGAAUCUACUGUGCAGCAGAUCUGCGAUGCUGUCCUCAGUGACGAUGCCAACGACACCGCCUUGUUCUACGUGCCUGUCAAUGUGGAUGUCGUGCUCGUGAAUGCACUGGUCCUGUACAUUGGCCAGCAAGCUGCGGUGGAGCAUGCCUCGAAGAGCAACACCCGCUCUGCAUUCGAGAACUCGACUCAUGCGGCCCUCCUGGAGGCGCUGGCCCAAAACAUGCAGCCCGAGGCCCGCUACUACCUGCUCAGCGCGAUGGCGAACCAGCUGCGGUACCCCAACAGCCACACAUACUUCUUCAGUUUCACCAUUCUUCGCCUGUUCGGCGUUGACUAUACUGAGCAGGAUGACUCCGACAUCCGUCAGCAGAUCAUCCGUGUGCUGCUUGAGCGCCUCAUUGUGCACCGUCCUCACCCGUGGGGUCUUAUCAUCACCCUCCAAGAGCUCCUCCAGAACCGGAGCUAUUCCUUCUUCCGCCUCCCUUUCAUCCAGGCGGCUCCUGAGAUCGGUCGACUCUUCGAUGCCCUCCUCCAGCACAUCCAGCAGCAAAGUCCUCGCCCCAUUGCGUGA